AUUUUUAUAGGAAAUAAGUAUUACAUCUUAAGAUUAGAUUAAGAAAAUUUAUAAGAACUUCCAGCUUCUUUCUACGAACAGAAAGUUAUUUAACGACAAGACAAAGGAAGCCGAAUUGCGAACAAAACAACAUUCCAUUCAGGAUGAAACCGAAGACAGAGACAGUGAACCCCACAGGAUGCGCGUUCAGCGAUGCGAUCGGCUGCGGCGACGACGCCAUACCUACACCUAGUAAAUACGCCGGGUGAUGGACAAGAUAAACAGAAAACGAUCAACACGAGUUAGCGUGCCGUCUCUGUUCCUCCUGCAGAGGGGGCGGCGCCCACGGGAGGCGCUCGCUGGAAAUGGUUAUUUUUUGUAUCUUGUCAAUGAAGGCACGGCAGGGGCGGGCGCUCAGGACGCGCGUCAGUCCGCUCCGUACCGCCGCUGCAGCCCGACUGCAUGUCACACCACAAAUAUGAACUACGAAAACUGUGAAAACAUAGUGCCUAUUAAAAGUGAGAUAAACGAAUGUCCCGACGACGAGGAGUAUUAUGCGUACGUGCCGAUGGAGGUGAAGCCUCACCUGGAGGCGCAGUUCGCGCCCUCCUCACCCACGCACCUGAUGGACCUUAGCAAUGGGCCCGAGCGCCCGCAUCACCCGUGGCCCACGAACGUCAUCUUCGCCAAGGACGAGCGAGAGUACCAGCACGCCGCCGUUUUCCCGCCAAUAGAACAGCAAUACGUCGACCAGCGGCAGGUACAGUAUCCCAGAAACGUGUACUACGAAGAUUCCAAUUCGCAAGACAGAUUACAGUACCCCUACCCCUCGCCCGACGUGUCGAGAUCCACGGAAGGGUAUCGCACGUCGGCGGACGAGAAUGAAGAACAGAAGAAGAGUAGGAAACGAAGUUCCAAGUCGAGGAAAAGAGCGCAGUCGUUUGAGGAGAUGCAGAUACAGCGAGUGAUGGCGAACGUGAGGGAGCGGCAGCGGACGCAGAGCUUGAACGAGGCCUUCGCCAGUUUACGGCAAAUCAUUCCAUCUUUACCUAGCGACAAGUUGUCAAAAAUCCAGACGUUGCAACUGGCGACACAAUACAUAGAGUUUCUGUAUCAAAUCCUGUCGAACAACGAGUCUGCGCCGAGCAGUGACGGCGGCAGCGACGCGGGCAGCGAGCACGGCAAGUACUUAGCACAAGAUAAACUGAGCUAUGCGUUCUCCGUGUGGCGGAUGGAGGGCGAGUGGACCCACGGACAGACGUGAUCGUCAUAACUUGCACUGUACAUAAUGUAAAAGACGCUUAAAUCGGCUCCAUACGUCCCUAAAAUUUGUACCAAAAUUCGUCUUUGUUUUUUGUGACAUUAAACACACUGUGUACAAAUUAUAUUAUGAAUUCUCGUCCAGAUUAUAGGGAUGUGUAGGGCCUUGUAUUAUUCCAUAAUUUUAAUUUGUAAAGACGAGAGAUUAAUUAUAGGUGCUGAAGCAAAAAAAAAUGUUUCAAAGAUGAAUAUGUGAUAGUUGAUUUAUGAAUUAUAAUUAAUAUUGAAAAAUAAAUUAGUGAUUAAAAUUAGUUUGAAUAUCCAAAGACAAUUAGCUAGUGAUAUUGAAUAUUAUAUAUAAUGUUAAAUAAUUAAUAUUAAGAUGAAGAAAUACAGCUGUAUACCAAAAAUUGAUAUGAAAAUCGCUAAAUGCGUUGUACGUAAUAAUUGUAAUUUUAUAUUUUAAGUUUUAAAAUUGACAAAUAAAUUACGUUGAUUUAACAUAAAUAACAGUGUUGUCUUUCGAUCAUAUAUCUAUAUUAUAUUGUUUUAUCUUAUUCCUUCAAAAUACAAAAUUGAGACCACAGAGCACAGUUAUAAUUAAACACACUGAAAAUGUA